AGAGACCUGUUAGGCAGGACCGCCUCACAUUGAAGAAUCAUCAUAUGCUCAAAUAUUUGCUAAAAUAUUACUCUGAAACAUGUUCUGCAGGUGGGACAUGUCUGUAAAGCUCAGUCACAUGUGUGACUACCUCCAAAAAAAAGUUAAACGAGUGUUCUUCCAUGCCUGGGUAUGACGUCUGUGAGGGGGCUGACAGAGGUGUGGCCAGCAGGUGCAAAUUCAGGUAAGGUCAGUUCCUGGAUAACCUCAGGAUCCUCCCACUCCCUUUGCUUUGUUUCUAUUCACAGGAGCAGCAGCAGUUUUCUGUUUUCACCUGCUCAUCGCCUCACCUGUAACGACAAACAGAAACAGGAAGAAAAGGCCAUAGAAAUGAAACUGCCUUUAGGCCUUGUCUUUGCUCUACUCUUGACACUCCAGUGCCUCCAACAGGCUACUGCAGCUUCAGAAGAUGAUGCUGAAGACUUAAUAAGUGGUAGUACAUUUGGCUCAAUAAGUGGUGAUCAUUACAGCACAAGCAUUUCAGAAGAUUCAACUGUCAUUCCAGUAACAGAUAAUGAACUGGAUGCUAAUGACACAGACUCUGUCACAUCAGCUCCACCACCUCAUAUUGCCCUCAACUCUAGCAGAGAACUUUCAGUACAAACCAAUGAAACCUCAACCCAGAAAUUCAACACGAGCAGUCCAAUUACACCCAGGCCAGAUCCAACACCUCCUAUGACCAAUAAAACUAACCUAAACAACACAGUUACACCAUGGCCAGAUACCAACAGCACAAAGCCAGAGUCUGGAAGCUUUUCUUCAAAUGAAACAGCUGUUGACAAUCAAAAUUCAACUACAAGCAACAGUGUGAACUCUACGACUACUCAUCCACCGCAGGUCACAAAUACAACAGCAGAGUCUCUGCCUGAAAGUCCAACUAAUGGAACCUUUCCAACAACAACCACCAAAUUACCUACCACUGUAUCUACAACCACAGCUGUGAAGACCACAAAACUGAACAAAACUGGGGUAUCAUUUGAUGUCAGGGGCAACUCAGACCGAGGUGUUGCUUCAGAUAUUAAGCAGAAUGCCAAAAAUCAGGCAUGGGGAGCCAUUGUGGGUGUUGGUGUUGCAGUGGGAUUUGUUGCCUUGGUGGUCUAUGUCAUCAUGAAGCGAAGGAGCCACAGGGACUUCUCACACAGGAAACUGGUGGAGGAGAUGCCACCUGAGCCAGUUCUCCGGCUGGACAAUGGUGAUCCUCUGGAUUUGAAGUAUGAUGGACGUGCUUACUAUAACCCUGGGCUACAAGGAGACAACAUUCAAAUGACCAGCUUCCCACGAGGACACUCAAACUAAAGAUUAGUCUGCCAAGCCAAAGACACUGAUCUCAUACACUGGACUUUGCUGUUAGCUAUUCUGAAUCUGACCUAAAGAACCUAAAUAAUAAAAGCUUCCGCAUACAGACAUACGGACACGAUGUAAAGCAAAUUGCCAAAUGAACUUUAAAAGGACCAAAGCUUAGGUUUUCUUUCUUUCUUCCUUUCUUUUUAAAAUUGUGUUUCCAUCUGAACUCUUUAGACAGGGAGACUGCUGGAAGGAACAGACUGGAGAAUGUUUUGCUGUUACACUCUAUAUUUUUCAUUUGAUAAAUAGAAAUCAUGUAUAGCUCUUUUUCAGUAAUGAAGUAAUGAACAGGUAAUUAACACAACUAAGUAUAAUAUGAAUAGGUAUUAUUACUUAAAUGAUGUUAAUAUAAUCAAACUGGUUGAAUAUCCAAAUUUAUAUCAAGGCUAUAUGGCCUGGUAGUUUGAAUAUUGUUAUGAAUAGUAUAAACGUUGGUAUUGAAAUAUUUGGAUUGUGUGAGAAACAUAUGAAUGUAAGGUGUGAAGAUGUAAUGAAUAAGACCAGCACAUUUUAAUAACAGCUGAUAAACUAAUUAAGAGAAAAGCAUAUAUAGGUUAUGAAUAAAUCCACAGGAGGGAGCACACAGACACUAUUAACUGGGCUUCUGAGAAAAUGUGUGUGAAUUUAGAGUGCUUCAUUUUUAAUGAUGUGGCUCUACUUGAUGUCAUAAUCAAACGCACUUUGUUAUACAUUUAUGUUGUUCCAAAACUCUCCAGCAGCUACCGAUGUACUAAAGGGCAAAUCUAUAUGUGUAUAUACUGUGGAGUCUUUCUGUCUAAAGAUUUAUGUUUUACAAAAUGGGUUUAUGGUUCAUUCAAUGCAAAUGAAAGCAUCUUAGAGCAGAGUAACAAUAAAAAAUGUAAACUUUU